AUGUCUUCGAAGACUGCAUACUUUCUGGUGGCCCUCCUAGCCAUACUUUGCCUGGUGCAACAAUUUGAAAGCACAUCAGCCGCAUAUUUGCAACACACACGCCGCACGCCGUUGAGUCGUGAGGAAGUUGCAGCUAUAAGGCAAUUGCAGCGCAUUACCAAUAAUCAGUUGAACUACAAUAAUCGAGACAACGAAGAGGAAGAUGUCGAUGAUGAUGAUGAUGGCGAUGACUAUGAUGAUGAUGGCGAUGACUAUGAUGAGGAUGAGGAUGACUCUGAUGAGGAUGAGGAUGACUCUGAGGAUGAAGAUGAAGAUGAGAAUGCGGAGGAUGGAAAUGAUAAUGAAGCUAAUGAAGAUGCCGAAGACAGUCAAGCUCUAAGAGACGAGAAUGCUGAGAAUUCAGCACAAACGAGUGAACAAAAUAAAGCUGAAGGCGCAGAGGGUGAACUAGUCAAAGCUGAAAAGGGCACAGUUGAUAAAGCAAAUAAGGGAAGUAAGAAGCGUAAGGGAAGUAAAAAAGUAAAAAGUAAAGUUCGUAAAGGUCGUAGAGGUCGUAAAAAUCGUAAAGGACGUAAGGGGCGAAAGGGGCGCAAGGGAAGUAAAGGCAAAAAGGGCAAGCGUAGCCAACGCAAAAAGAAAGGCAAUUCUGGUUAA